UGGUUUCCGGUUCUCUUCCUGGACAUAAUCGCCGCACUCACGCUUGGCUUGGAGACUUAAUGGCUUCCAGCUCAGAGGAGGAUCUGUGCUGUCCGGUCUGUCACGAUGUCUUCAGGGAUCCUGUCGUGCUGUUAUGUAGCCACAGCUUCUGUAAAGUCUGUGUGCAGAGCUGGUGGAGAGAGAAACCAACACGGGAGUGUCCCGUUUGUAAGAGACUUUCAAGGAAAAACCCACCGUGUAACCUGGUGUUAAAGAACCUGUGUGAGGCCUUUUUGCAGCAGAAAGUUUCAGAAGAUCUCUGCCAUCUGCACUCUGAGAAACUCAAACUCUUCUGUCUGGACCAUCAGGAGCCAGUGUGCCUCAUCUGCAGAGACUCAGAAAAACACACCAAUCACAGAUUCAGACCCAUCGAUGAAGCUGCUCGACAACAGAAGAAGAUGCUUCAGGAAGCUCUGCAGCCCUUAAAGGAGAAGUUAAAGAGUUUAAAUAAAGUUAAAGAGAUGUUUGAUCAAACUAUGGCAUUCAUCAUGGCCCAGGCCCAACGCACAGAGAAGCAGAUUAAGGAGCAGUUUAAGAAGCUUCGUGAGUUUCUAACGGAGGAAGAGGAGGCCAGGCUGCGUGCACUGAGGGAGGAAGAGGAGCAGAAGAGUCAGAAGAUGAAGGAGCAGAUAGAUGAUCUGAGCGAGCAGAUAACAGUUCUUUCACAAGAAGUCAAAGACACCGAGGAUGAGCUGACCGCCGAAGACGUCUCAUUCCUGAAAUACUACAAGGACAUAGUGGAAAGUGUCCAGGAGUGCCCCCUGCUGGAGGAUCCACAGCUGCUCUCAGGAGUUCUGAUAGACCAGGCCAAACACCUGGGCAACCUGAGCUUCAACGUCUGGAUCAAGAUGAAGGGUCUGGUCUCCUACACGCCUGUCAUUCUAGACCCAAACACCGCUGGAUGUUUCCUCAUGUUGUCCAAUGAUCUGACCUCCAUGACUGAAGACGACCUGCAGAAAGUUCCUGAUAAUCCAGAGCGGUUCGGUUAUUCCUGGGCCGUCCUGGGCUCCAAGGGCUUUAACUCAGGGACUCACAGCUGGGACGUGGAGGUGGGAGACAGUGAGUACUGGAUCCUGGGUAUGUUUGAAGAGUCUGACCAGAGGAAGAAAUACAUAAUGUCCAAAACAUGGAGAUUAAUGUUCCAUGAAGAUGAAUACUCAGUACGCUCACCAUCAACUCCAGAAACUAAAGUCCCUGUGUCGCUGGUGAUCGACAGGAUCAGAGUGAGUCUGAACUGGGAUGAAGGAAAGCUGUCGUUCUCUGACCCUGACACCGAUGUGCAGAUCCACACCUUCACUCACACUUUCACUAAGAGGAUGUUUCCCUUCAUUAGUACUGGGGAUGAAAUCAAGAUUUUACCCAGGAAGAUCUGUGUGGCUUUAAAACAGCCUUCCUUCUAGAUAUUUGUUGUUUUCCUCCAACUCACUUUAAUCAUCAAGUUCACCCUUUGUCAGUGCUCUGAUUGGUCUACUGACCCACCAAUCUGGGCCGAGUUUUUCGAUGUGGUAGUGUAAACAUGACCUUCAUUUAACCAGCUUUAAAGGUGAGCUUGAGGUGUCUUAAAGGCCGGCCCAGACUACACAAAUUCAGCCAGAUUUAACCCAUUAAAGCCCGAAAAUACAAGUUAUGGCCAGAAAAUUAAAAUUUGUUGGAAUUGAAAUAUUUAUUUAACUUUCUACUGAAAUCCAAAAAAUCAAAAUUUCCAUAAAAUUU